AUGGCCCCCUCCGGCUAUCCAGUGGUAGCCGGUCUUCCGUCUACGGCUUCGGCCUCCGGACUGACUGGACUGACUACAGGCUACGAGUCUCCGUCAGAAGAGCAUCCGCCCUUCUUUUCGGCUGUAGCGUCGGCGCCUGCUGCCCCUGACGGGAAGGCAAAUUCAAACCCUAGGCGUCUUGCUGCACCACGACCUCCACUAACUCAACGACCAUCGUACAUUGCCGCUAUUACUCCUGAUGAUGGCGAUGGUAAUAAUCAAAGUCGCCCUCGGCUCGUUAACCAAAGUUCUACGAUCACUUCCCACAGUUUAAACCAUGUUAUGGCCACGGUGGAAAAGACGUCUCAAAACCGAAGGGUCGGUCUAAGAGAUCGCAUUGCCUGUUAUCAAUGGACUUAUUUUACUUUGACAAUGUCGACCGGCGGUAUUGCCAAUAUUAUUCAUUCAUUAAAAUGGACAGCUCCCUGGCUACGAGGCAUCGGCCUCUUCUUUUUCUUCCUCAACAUUGUCCUAUUUAUUAUGAACUGUGUUCUCAUAUGCACAAGAUUUCAUCUUCGCCCAGGGAGCUUCAUGAACUCCUUCACCGAUCAAAUAGAAUCGCUAUUUAUCUCAGCUUCUUUAGUCUCUGUUGCUGUAAUAUUAAUCAAUACCUGUCAAUAUGGUGUUCCUUAUACAGGCCCGUGGCUUCUCAACACCAUGGAGUGGGUGUUCUGGGUAUAUGCCGCCCUCAGCGUCUCUGUCAGCGCAUUUCUAUAUCUGAUUCUAUGGUCCACGCUGAUCUUCCCCGUUCACACAAUGACACCUACAUGGGUCUUUCCCGCAUAUCCUCUGCUUCUCAAUGCACCCUUCGCAGCAAACCUUAUCGCUGCUGCGGACUCUUCGGGCCAUAAACUGAAAGUAGAUACCGUGGCUAUGGCACUCGGAGCUACUGCGAUUCAAGGAACCGGCUGUUUAAUCGCCUUUAUGAUAUCUUCUGCUUUUAUUUACCGCCUAAUGACUCAGAAGCUUCCGCGGGAUAACCAGAGACCCGGUAUCUUUAUGUCAAUUGGUCCUUAUGGCUUUACCGCUGCUGGUAUAGCCCAACUCGGUAGCCAAGCAGACUUGCUCGUCCCUGAAAACUUCCUGGGCGCUCCACACGUUGCAGACAUUAUUAAAGUCAUAAGCAUUCUUGUGAGUCUCUGGCUCUGGGGCCUUGCCCUGUGGUUUUUCCUCGUUUGCGUCGGCGCAUUGUGGAAAUAUACUAGGUCAGGCCACCAUAUGCCCUUUCAGAUGACCUGGUGGUCAUUUGUCUUUCCCAAUACUGCUCUUGUUACGGCUACUAGCGUCAUGGGUAAGAUCUUUGACAAUAAUGGCCUUCACAUCUUUGCAUCUGUCAUGACUGUUGCUAUUAUCAUCGUCUGGAUCAUAAUCUUUGCAAGGAUGUGUUGGAGUUUCAAAACAAAGAAGCUUCUUUGGCCCAGGGAUGAAAAAUAG